AUGACGGCAUCCACCCAAGCAAGGAAAGCAGGACAUCCCGCGGCGAAAGCAGUAAACGCGACGUCCUCAACGUCAACGUCAACGUCAACCACUUGUGGAAAACCUGCUCUGUUUACCCUUCUGCAACUUCACAAAACCACCAAAAACACAACAAAUUCUGAACCGCUGAAUACCGCUCAACUUCGCAUUGCUAGUAUUCUUGCUCGCUUUGAACAUUCUCCUUUCGCAUCUAUCGACACCGCUUUCCUGCCACCGCGAAGCUUAGUACGAUUGUCCUUUUCUAGUAUUCCUGUACAGAACACUACUGAGGUCGACCUCUCGUACCGUCCGACUUCGCCAACCCUUGCAUCAACCAAAAGUCGUUGGAAUCGCCGUAGAAUGUCUAGAAGGAGCAACACCAUGUCGGGCUCCAAUGGAAACAUCCCCAAGGACGUCACAUCCUCCAAUAGCCCAGCAAUUGACAAGCAAAAGACUCUUCUUUCUGCUGAUGUUGGCCACUUCUCUCUCGUGCGGGCCAUGCACCUUGCCGACUUGAUUACUCUCAUGAAUGGUGCCUGCGGUGUCAUGUCUAUCUUCUCCUCGCUACGAUACGCACUGGGUGACCCCAAGGAUUUUGACAACCUCUGGCUUGCCCUCUUCUUCCUGCCUUUUGGUCUGUUCUUCGACUUUUUCGACGGCAAGGUUGCUCGAUGGAGGAAGAAGAGCAGCCUCAUGGGCCAAGAAUUGGAUUCUCUUGCUGAUUUGAUCUCCUUCGGCGUUGCUCCCGCUAUGGUCGCCUUCACUCUUGGUUUCCGCUCGCUGGUCGACACUGUUGGUCUUACCUUCUUCGUUCUGUGUGGCCUCACUCGCCUCGCCCGCUUUAAUGUUACCGUUUCGGUUCUUCCAAAGGACGCCACUGGCAAGAGCCAGUAUUUUGAAGGAACUCCCAUUCCUACUUCGCUCGGCAUGGACGCCAUCAUGGCCUAUUGGCUCUCGCAGCGCUGGGUGCAUGACAAUCUUCCCUUUGGUGUCUGGUUCCAGGGUUCGGCUUUCGAGUUCCAUCCUGCCGUAAUUCUGUUCAUGAUCCACGGCUGCCUCAUGACCAGUAAGACCAUCCGCAUCCCCAAGCCUUAA